CACAUUGAUAGUACAUUGUCGAUUAAGUCCGGUGAUAAACGUGCAGAUAAAUUUUGGGCGGUUUGUUCGCAAUUUUUUGCGAAUUUCUUUCAUACAUUUUUGCCUGAAAACGCAGUGUUUGUGCUUGUAGGCUUGUUCGAAGUUCGAAAAUACAGGAGCUAUUGCCGAAAUGUUCCCGAAACAGUGCUUCAGAAAAUGUGCACUUUUCUGCGGAAUCACCAUCAGUUUUAUCGUUCUGGGCAUCCUAAUCAUUACCUUCCGGGCUGCGAUUUACAAGUGCAUCAUCAGCAAAAUCUUCGUUCUGCAAGCCGAUUCUUACACUUUUGAUAUGUGGAAAACGAACCCAUUGCCCAUGACUCUGAAGCUCUUUCUGUUCAACUGGACGAAUCCUGGUGAAGUGUUGAACAGUUCAGUCAAGCCCCAUUUCCAGCAAAUGGGGCCCUACACAUUUGACGAAACCAAAGAGAAAGUGAACAUUACCUGGAACGACAAUAACACAGUGUCUUUCUACCACCUGAAGCGAUGGUGGUUCAACCAGAGCAAAAGCAAUGGGAGUCUUAACGAUGCCAUCACUUCCAUCAACCCAACCAGCCUGUCUAGCUCUUAUGGGGCGCGCAACUGGAGCUAUUUCCUUAAAAAUGGUCUCAGUAUCUUUCUGAGCUCUAUCGCGCCCUCAUUGCAUGUCACUCACACAGCUGGACAAGUUCUUUUUGAGGGAUACGAAGAUUCUUUGAUGAAUAUGGCCAAUCGCAUGCCAACGUUCAUUGUGGGUUCCAGUUUGCCCAACUUUGAUAAAUUUGGCUGGUUUUAUACGAGAAACAACUCGGAAACCUACGAAGGACAUUUCAACAUGGACGUGGGACUCACUGGCCAACUUGGGAAACUUUACUCAUGGAAGUUCAUGCAACAUACGCCCUACUUUCGGGAUAAAUGCGGCGAUGUUUCUGGAUCGGCUGGAGAGUUUUUCCCGGCCAAUUUGAAUAAGGAGUCGCUGGUUAACUUCUUUUCACCCGAUCUGUGCCGCUACAUGCAGUUGGAGUAUGAAAAAGAGGUGGAUGUUAAUGGAGUUUUGGGGUACAAAUAUGUGGCUGGUGAUCGACUGUUAGAUAACGGGACAAAAGUGCCAGACAACAAGUGUUUCUGUAACGAUGACUGUAUGCCUUACGGGGUUCUGGAUGUGUCAGCCUGCCGCUACGGAACCCCAGCUUUUGUUUCCCUGCCCCAUUUCUUCAAAGCCGAUCCUUAUUACGGAAGCAUAAUCGAUGGAAUGGCUCCUAGUGAAGAUCUGCAUGACUUUUACAUGAUUUUUGAGCCAAAAACCGGCAUGCCCUUAAAGGUAGCAGCUAGAAUUCAGGUAAAUCUCCUGCUUCAGCCUGUUGACGGUAUUCGGUUGUUCCAGAACGUCCCCAAAGUGUACAUUCCAGUGCUCUGGUUCGAACAGAUUGUGACCAUUCCAAGCGAGUUUACCAUCUUUGUUUCCCUAUUGAAGAACUUUGAAUCGAUCUGUAUUGCUGCAGGAAUUGUUUGCAUCCUUUGCGCCGUUGUUCUGGAGGCGUUUUGCUGCAGCCGAGCAUGCAACAAACCGAUUCUGAGCAGGGAACAUGCUCUAAAGGAAAUCGUUCCUUUAACGGAAAAGACAGGCUUUGAGGCCUGAUUGUGAUUUGAAAAUGUGUUACUUUGUUAAGUAUUUUGUCAUUUUUUGAGUGUAUUUUGUACUAUUUAAUAAAGAAUUGCUUUAAGCUUGAAAAUCUCCAAACUCAAA